AUGACGGCUUCAAAAAUUAUUAUUUGCUAGUUAUGUAUGGUUAUUAGAUUCAUUGCUAAAAGUGUAUGUAGAUAUAUAAAUAGUAUACACAUAUAUACAUAUACAUAGUGGUGCAUAUGCAUACUUUUUUAUAUUAAAAAGGCAACUUAAAAGGAAGUAAUAUCUCUUAAUAUCUAGUAGAAAAAAUGAUAUACUCCUUAGCCGCUGAGAAAUAUUGGGUUCAAAAACAUAAAUAUCAUGACGCAGAGAAAAAGUAUUACGAACAAGAUUCAAAGAAUUUCAAUACUUUUAGUCUUGUCUCUGAAAUAGUAAAAGCGAGAGAGCACAUAAGAAAUUCUUUAGAAAAGAUUGACGGUAUUCCAUCUCUUGCUUCAUCAGGUCCGAUGGAUUUCCUGGAUAGACUCAAUGCUCUUGAAAAAGAACAGGCUGCUCUUCGCAAAAUGAUGUUAUACUUAGAACAAAUAUGCUCCGAAUCAACUGAACGCAUAAGUAUUUUGGAAGCGCACAUUGGCUUAUAAUUUAAUUCUUACAUAAAGUUUUGUGCGUAAAAAAAUGAGUGAAUUUGCUCGUGAAAAUUUUAAAUGAUUUGGAAUGUUAAUAAAAAUAUAGUUGUGCUUUCAUUGACUAAUUUUAAAGGAAACAAGAGUAUAACUGUUUUCACAAAUUAAAACUAAACUCAAUGAAAAUUCACAUUUUCUUAUAAACAAUAAAGUAAUCAAAUUUA